AUGAAUAUUGAUCCUGAUAUCGGUGGUGAUGAUGAUAAUCGUAGUCAUGGUGGUUUUCGACCAGGUGCUGAUAGAAAACGAAAAGCAGCAAGAACAUCAAUUCAAAUCAUGGCAAAUAAAAGAAGAGAAGAAGCUGCACGCAGACAACAAAUAUCCAGAUAUAAAGCUAAAUUGACAGAAUGGAUAGAUAAACUUAAAUGAUACAUCUUUGGUUCGAAAUGGAUAAUUGUAAUAUGCCAAUUUGAUUAUCUUGCAUUUAUUGUGUCAAAUAUAUAUGCUAAAUCGGGAUCAAUGUAUCCAGCAUCAAUCUUCAUACAUUUUCCUGUUGUAUCAUUAUGA